AUGUCAGUGCCGCCAGAAGGUGCUGUUGUUAUACCAGAUGCAGUGAUGAGUUCAUUGAGUACUGCAUGCAAAUAUUGCAGUGAACCGGAAAACAAACAGGAUCGACCUAGUCUAGUGUGUGGAAAUUGUUUUUCUUACGUACAUAUUAACUGCCUCCGGAGAUCCAGCACGCCUGGUGACUUUGCUUGCGAUGUUUUCUUUGAUUUUGUUUGUGAGGAUUGCUCCCUAACCAACCGAGAAGUUUUCAAAAGGAACAGAUUUCCCUGGGUCAGCGUAAUAUAUCUAACUCUCCACCACCUGAACAUACAGUCGUAUGGCAUCAGCAACCAUGGCUACUUCCACUACAAGACACAUAUCUGCUCCUUCAUUGAUCGGUAUUGGCAGGCACUAUUUGGAUCGCAGAUCAAACAGAAGAAGAACUGGGUGGGCACAAUAGCAGGGGUGUUGUCAGUGUACAACAAGCUGUUCUUCAAGUCUGGGUCUGCAGUGCUCGGGGAGACAGGCUGGUGGAAGCUCCUGCACAACUUCUCACCUGCUGUGGCUGCACAUAUAAUACAAGAAGUAUCUAAAGACAAACCUAAAGUCCGACCACGCAAUCAGCCAUCCAUAGAUAAAAACCUCUUCUUGGCCAAAGUUACUGAAAUGGGAUAUAAAGACUUGAUCAACAAUGAGAGCAGUGUGUGCAUGCCACCGUCGGACCCUGUACCAUGCAAGAAGAGAAGGGUUGACUCCGAUGAGCUAAGUGGAGUCUCCAGCACUUCAUUCUAUGACCAGCAGGACUCAGACGGCAGGAACGAAUUGGCAGACGAGUAUGUAUUUGACGACCAGCUGAACCUGUUGACACACAAAGAUCCUUACUCUGACUUGGAAUUCAAAGGGUUUGACUUUGCACCCUCCAACCAUCUAGUACCAGCGCAAAGUGAUUCUUCAAGCAUCCACUCGUUCCAACCGUCCAUGAUGUACGACUCAGACUCCCACUCGCGCAGUGGUUCCGAACAAGAGACCAGGAAAGUCUUUGAAAGACCAAAAAAGCCGAUCAUAGAAGAAAAACCAAUCAGAAGGGAAUCUCUCUUUUCCACUGAACUCAAUUCUGUGGAUAACCCUUGGGAAGACCCACUUCCGAAGUCAGAACCUGAUCUAGUAGAGAUGACACAGUAUGAAGAAAUACAACUUCUGAAGAAAGUAGACAAUUUGAUCCUGAGAGUUAAGGAUCCGAAUAAGAAGGGGUACUUGAGCAGACUCAGAGCUAAACUGGCACUGAGGCGCUUGAAGAGACAUAAACAUUUACCAGUAUUUGAUUUGGACAAAGAAGUAAAAAUAUUGGGUGGUUACGUGAGUGAAGACCCAAGGACUGUUGUCAAUUCAGAAAGAGUACUCGACCGAUUCCAAAGAUCGUAUUUGAUAGACAAUCUUAGCGGGACAAUAGCCAGUACGAACUACGGAACUCUGCUUCUGUCAGACAUUGAGCCGACGCCAUACCGGUCCUUAUACUCUGGGACCACACUGAAGCCCUACAUACGAAGGGACGGAGACUCUGCCCCAACCUGGCUAAAACUCACUGAUGAACUUCUUAGAAGGACCAAUAGACACGUAAAAGACUACGAGCCUCCUCCGCGCGCCACCAUAGACUACUCGUACGUGAGACCGCAGCACAUCGCCGCCGUCAACAAUCUCUGCGCGCAGUUCUUCUGGCCGGGUAUUGAUUUAACAGAAGCGCUCCAGUAUCCGGAAUUCAGUUGCGUGGUGACGUACAAGCGGCUGGUGAUCGGCUGCGCCUUUCUCGUGCCUGACGUCAACCACAACGAGGCCUACAUCUCCUUCGUACUCACGCGGCCAGAAUGGAGGAACGCCAAGAUUGCCACCUUCAUGUUAUAUCACUUGUUACAGACUUGCACAGGCAAAGAUGUAACCCUGCAUGUGUCACCUACAAAUCCUGCCAUAUUUCUGUAUCAGAAGUUUGGUUUCAAAGUCGAAGAGCUCAUACAAGACUUUUAUGAAAAAUAUUACGACAUAGAUUACAAAGGCUGCCGGCACGCGUUAUUCUUAAGGCUUGUUAGAUAA